AUGUUACUCCCUCUCCGUGAGCGAGCAAAAAAUUCUUGUUCGCUAAUGGGUUAUUUAUUUUAAAAAAAUUUAUAUAUAAAUUAUAUUGAAAAAAAAAUUUCGAAAUUUAAAAAAAUCCUAAUUUAAAUUGGAAAGCAAAUAUUAAUUUAAUUUGUAAAAUUUAUGUUUUAAAACGCAAUUUGUUUAAAAUUAAACAGAAUUUGCUCGAGAUUUCAUUAUACUAAUUAUCACUUAAAUAUCAAAAAAUUUUCCAUAAAAAAUUUUUCUAUUAAAAAAAUUUUUGUUCGCUCACGGAGGGGGUUUUUUGGGCAAAAAAUAGCGAUUUUUCUAAUGGUUUUGUUCGCUCACAGAGUUGGGAGUUAGCUAAUGGUAAUUAUUAUGUAUCUUUUUUUUUGAAUAGCUUAAUUGCUUCUAAUCUCGAGUCUACCAAAAUUUGAGACACUCAUCAAUUAGGAUUAUUGGCGUUUAAAAAAUCAUGACUAAAAUCCAUGCUUGCUCAUCGGAACUACUCUUUCCAAAGCAUCUUGUUUCAUACUUUGAGUCAUCUGAUCAACUCCAUUUGACAAAUGAAUUCUUGAGAAUCUCUCUAUGAUGCUUUUUGGGGCACCUUUUACAUAAAGGAUACUUUUAGAAAUUUACAAAGAUUGAUAAAAGCUAUUUCCUUUAUAAUUGCCGAUAAUUAUUUACCCACAUUAAAUUAUUUCGAACCCUUAAGAUAUUGUUUUUUAGAGCAUGAUUAA